AUACCUCUUGCUACUGCACAAAUGGACAUUUGACAGUGCUGUUGUCAAGCACUUGCCAGCAUGGAGACUUCGUCGUUGCUGUCCUCAUUGAAUGAUGAGUGUAAAUCUGACAAUUACAUUGAGCCUCACUACAAGGAAUGGUAUCGCGUAGCCAUUGAUACGCUGAUUGAACAUGGGCUAGAAGCAUACCAGGAAUUUCUUGCCAAGGAGCGAGUAUCAGACUUUCUAGCUGAGGAAGAAAUUAAUUAUAUUUUGAAAAAUGUCCAGAAAAUUGAACAAAGUACAAUCCAUGGUACUGACAAUUCCUGCGAUGAUACCUCAUCUUCAGGGACUUAUUGGCCCAUUGAAUCUGAUGUGGAAGCUCCAGAUCUCGACUUAGGCUGGCCAUAUGUGAUGCCGGGACUCUUAGGGGGUACCCACAUAGACCUCCUCUUUCAUCCACCAAGAGCACAGCUACUUACAAUUAAGGAAACUAUUCGGAAAAUGAUAAAAGAAGCCAGAAAGGUCAUUGCUUUAGUGAUGGACAUGUUUACAGAUGUGGACAUUUUCAAAGAAAUAGUGGAGGCAUCAACUCGAGGGGUAUCUGUAUACAUUCUGCUUGAUGAAUCCAACUUUAAUCAUUUCCUAAAUAUGACUGAGAAGCAGGGUUGCCAAGUUCAACGUCUCAGGAAUAUUCGAGUGCGGACAGUAAAAGGCCAAGAUUAUCUUUCAAAAACAGGAGCCAAAUUUCAUGGAAAAUUGGAACAGAAAUUUUUGUUAAUUGACUGCCAGAAAGUUAUGUAUGGUUCUUACAGCUACAUGUGGUCAUUUGAAAAAGCUCACCUCAGCAUGGUUCAGGUCAUCACAGGACAACUGGUUGAGUCCUUUGAUGAAGAAUUCAGGACACUCUAUGCCAGGUCCUGUGUCCCCAGUCCUUUCGCCCAGGAAGAAUCAGCCAGGGUGAAGCACAGCAAAGCCCUGUGGGAGAACGGCACCUACCAGCGCUCACUCUCAUCCUUGGCCUCUGUUUCCAGCCAAAGAAACUUUCUUGCUAGACAAGACCAAAUCCAUAACCUAGAUGCUAGUUACUUCAAAAACAGAGGGAUAUACGCUCGGAAUGAACAUGACAAAUAUAGCAUGAGGAAUCCUGGAUACAAACCUCAUUUUGUUCCCAACUUUAAUGGUCCAAAUGCAAUCCGUCAGUAUCAGCCCAGUCAGAAUGAAAAUUGGAAGAGGCACAGUUAUGCCGGGGAACAGCCAGAAACGGCGUCAUACCUGUUGCUGAACAGGACCAUGAAUCGAACCAUCAAUCCUCCUGGUAACUGGAAAAAGCCUUCAGAUAGUCUGAGUGUGGCAUCCUCGUCCAGGGGAGGCUAUGCGAGCCACCAGGUCACCCCUGCCCAGAGUUUUGGCAAUUGGCUUGCCCAGAGGAAAACGACGCAUCUUGCAGAGAGGAAUUCAAAUGUGCGGAGGUCUUUUAAUGGGACAGAUAAUCAUGUUCGCUUUUUGCAACAACGAAUGCCAACCCUUGAAAAUACCACGAAGUCAUUCCUGCGUAACUGGAGGAUCGAAUCCUACUUAAAUGAUCAUUCAGAAGCUGCACCUGAUUCUAAUGGAUCGGCGCUAGGGGACCGGUUUGAGAACUAUGGCAGUUCUGAGAACUUGAAAGCCAGCACCCUUUAUACACAUCCGCGGCUUCGUCCCUCUUUAGUGUUUAAACCAACUUUACCUGAGCAGCAAGAAGUUAAUAGUUGUACAACUGGCUCUUCAAAUUCAACUAUCAUUGGUUCCCAGGGAAGUGACACACCCAAGGAGGUCCCAGAUACCCCUACAAGUGUAGAGCAGUUGACAGAUGAACCCUUGCCAGAAUCCAUCCCCAAGCUACCAUUGCAGGCAGAGUCGCCAAAAAUGCACACCUUGCCGACUCCCGAAAACCACUCAGCAGUCUUAAACCAAACUACAGAUGGCCAUCCAGAGUCAAGCAACUAUUUAUAUACAAACUUGUGUGUAAAUAAGCAGACAGAAAACCUAAAGAAUCAACAACAAAACGAGAAUCUGCUUAAAAGGCGAAGUUUCCCAUUCUUUGACCACUCAAAAGUCAAUUUAGAUCAUGGAAAUAAUAAGCAUUAUGUUUAUAGUACACUUACCAGAAAUCGAAUUAGACAGCCUGUAAAACCCAAAGAGGAUUUGCUGAAAAGUUCUAAAAGCAUGCACAAUGUGACCAACAGUGUGGAAGAGGAGGAGGAGGUGAUCCAGGGAGACCCUCCGAGUGGCGCAGCUACCAAGUCCAUUUCCAUCGCUGCUUUGCUUGAUGUGAAUAAAGAGGAAUCUAACAAAGACCUCACUUCAAAGAAAGAAGUUAAGGGUUCCCCAAGCUUUUUGAAAAAGGGAUCUCAGAAGUUAAGGUCAUUACUUAGCCUUAGCCCAGAAAAGAAAGAAAAUUUAUCCAAAAAUAAAGCAUCUCCCUUUUAUAGAAUGUGUAGUAGUUCUGACACUUUGGCUUCUGAGGCUGAAGAGAAUCAAAACCCCAAAAAGUCAGAACCGAAAGCUGAGUUGUCUCCUAGAAGAAAGCGUGGUUCCUCAUCAAACUCUCAAGGCAGCAUCCACAAGAGUAAGGAGGAUAUAACAGUUAGCUCCUCUCAGGGGAGAAAUUCUCCACCCGAUGAAAGUAAUGAAAUAAUGCCUUCUCCAAGUCCAGUUGAAAACAAGUUCUUAGAAAGGCCAGGGGAUGCCUCUGCCCCAAGAUUUAACACAGAACAGAUCCAAUACCGAGAUUCGAAGGAGAUUAAUAGAGUUGUUGCUCCUGUAAGAAAACCAGCUCCUCCUGUAAGGUCACAGCCCACUGAGCUUCUAAGAACUCAGUCAACUGACCGGCGCAUUUACAGUCGUUUUGAGCCAUUUUGUAAGAUUGAGAAUUCUAUUCAGCCAACAAGCAGCAUGUCAAAUAGCAGUAUACACCGCCCAGAAAUAAAAUCCACAACUGUGGGCAAUAGCUAUGGUCGGUCCAGUCCAAGGCUUGCUUACAACACUAAUGUUUACCACACAUAUCAGCCAAAUGAAAACAAGUUUCGAGGAUUUAUGCAAAAGUUUGGAAACUUCAUAAACAAAAAUAAAUGAAGUAUUAUAAUUGCCAGUAGAUAUUAAAAUACAAAAUGAAUGUGGCUAUGAUUAUUUGUCCAAAGAACAUUGUGGACAGUUUUUGUAAAUGCCAAUAGAGUUCUGUGAGGCAGGAUUUGGGGUAUGAUGUAUAUUUUUACCAACAUACUGUGUACAGUAAAGUUAUUGUUUAUGAUGAAGUUAGUUGUGCUUAAUUAUGCCACCAUUGGAAUGUCUCUAUAAACAUGUAAUUUUUAAAUGGUAAUGGUAAAAAAUGUAAUUGUUUUCUUCAGAAUGAAGAUCUUCUUAAGUCUUAACUAGAAGCUUUAGUGGAGAGAUGGUGCAUGGGUUUUAACCAUUUAUUGCAAAGUCAUUCCUUUUAUAAAAGGAUCCUAAUACUCUCAGUGGCCCACAUCUUUGUGGGGUUUUCAUAACUUCAGAUUAUGAGAAAAUAAGACAAAGCCUUUUUUGUUUUAAUUGCCUUUACAUUUUACAGGAUAACUUGUUAUAUUUUAUUAAUGUUGUAUUACUUUUUCUGUGGGGCAUAUACCACUGGUGGGUAGCACAAUAAUAUUUAAACUUUAUAGAUCAGCAUAUUUUUUAUGUUGCCUGAGGGUGUUUGCAAAGUUUCAGCCUCAUGUAGUACAAGUAUAUCUUAGGAAUGUGUCUUCCUUCCAGGAUGUGCUUCUUCCCACCCUUUCCAGGGAGCCUGGACUUCACUUAUCCAUCAGCUGCUGAGCUUUUAUAGUCAUUUCUUCUUUCAAACGAAUAGCAAGGCAGCAGGAAUUGAAAAGCCCGAUGUGCCCCUCCCCUUUAUAUACUGUAAAAUAAACUUUUAGAAACAUAAAUUUCUACAUAAUUUUUUAUCUUAAGAGGAUGACAGUACUUAAGUGUCUUGCUUGCAGAAGUCUUUGCUCUUUUUUUAUGCUGUGCCAAACACCGGGUGACUUGGCAGUGUUUUCAUAGGAAUGCUGUGAUGAAUAUGGGGCGUGGUACCUGGUCUGUUCUUUCAUGACCCUUGGACCUGCUUGAAGGUGUUAAGACUUCCUGUGUCAAACUCUCCAGGCAGCAUCCACAAGAGUAAGGAAGAUGUAACAGUUAGCUCCUCUCAGGGGAUGGGGCUGGAUAGGGCAAUAUUUUAUUGUUUUAAAAAUUCAAGAUUCAGACAAAUAUUAAUAUAUGUUAUGAGAUAAUGAAAAUAAUGGCAUUAAAAUAUCUCUGCCAUUUAAAUAACUUUCCUCGGUAUUUUCAAACCAUGAUAAGAAAUACAAUGGGAGAAGUAAUGACAGUCAGGAAAAGAAAACAGUUACUGAGUGCUUACUUAGACCAGGUCUUGAGCCUGAACCUAAAGUCACCACAACAUUUUGUGGGUUAGCAUUACCCUCUUUAUUUAUAGUUGAUGACUAAGGUGAUAAUUGAGACAUUUCAGUACAAAGAGAUAAUGCCCCAAGUCACAUAAUUAAUAAGUAAUGGUACUAAAGUGUCUAUAACAUACUGUCUCAUCACAUUACCUCCAAAAUAUGUUCAACUUUUGCCUUACCCAAACUAUUAGGGAUUAAAUGAGAAAAAUGUUUAUAUUUCCUGACUCAAGAGCAAUCAAUCAAAAAGGAUUUAGUUGAAUGCCACCAGACAACAGGACACAUGGGGCUUAAAAUAGUCAUAGUAGUUGAGAUUAAGGAAUAAAAUUGAGAUUGACGUAUGAAUGUAACCCAGCAGGCCAGUUUUAAUUGCUGGGUAGUCAUUUUGAUCCCUUUCCAGUUGACCUGUGACAAUGAGAGAAAGGGAAGAGGAACCAUUGGUGAGCUUCAACCUGAUUCUGUACUAGAGAAAGAAGCCCAUUAGGGUAGGAAGCUAGGCAGGGAAUGGAACUCAGGGUUAGUUAAAUACAUGAUCUAGUUGUAUAUCUUGUGGCGGGCAGCUUAGACUUUUGCACAGCAGAUUUAUUCUCUGACUUUUUUUUUUCCUUUGGUUGUUUUCCUUCUCUAUUUUUUUUCUUCAGAAAUAUCUACGUGUCAGAAUCAGGCUGAUCUAUAAAGUUUAAAUAUUAUUGUGCUACCCACCAGUGGUAUAUGCCCCACAGAAAAAGUAAUACAACAUACAACUAGAUCAUGUAUUUAACGAACCCUGAGUUCCAUUCCCUGCCUAGCUUCCUACCCUAAUGGGCUUCUUUCUCUAGUACAGAAGCAGGUUGAGGAACCCUGGGAAAUACCUCCUUUUUGCAAAUAAGAAAACUAAGCCUCAAAGAAGUUACAUAAUUUGCCAAGAGUUACACAGCUCUUAAUUGGUAGAACAGGUUUAAACACAAAAGCUUAUAUUUUUAAUACUAUACUACACCAUACCCUACUGGCUUCUUAUUCCUCUCUGCUUGAGGAACCUCCUUUGAAAGGAAUCCCUGUCUUUUGCUCUCUUUACAAAUUGCAAAACUAUAACAGUAACUCUACAGCAAUAGCAUUUUAUAAACACAAAUUCAGAAUAUAAUAUUCAGUUUAACAUCAUUCACAAAAGCGGAUUUUAAAACUCUCAUUAUAACUUAAGGAAUUCCCAAGUACUACAACAUAGGAUUAUAUUAUUUUGGUAAAGUAAAUGUAAUAGAAAGUUUUGCACAUUUUGUCAUAAAUUAAUAGCAUAAAAAUAAAACUUUGAGGCGGAAGAGCCAUUUUCACAAAAAAGACAGCCAAGUAUAUUUAUAAAAAAUGAAUUAAAACAAAACUGAAAUAUGCAUUUCCUUGUAAUCAGAAGAGGAAUUCAGCUGCAAUAAAGCUGUUUCUAAUUGUUAGUGGAUUAAUUUUUAGAGUCAACUAGAAGUUGUAUGCUCUUCAGAUAUUUAAAAACGUUAGCAGAGAGUAAAAGAGAUUUGUAAUUUUGCUCUUAGAAAAAUUGACGUCUGUAAUUCUGGACCCACAGUUAACCAAACCAGAUUGACUUUAAUAUCUGACCCAUUCUAAGUUACUAUUAGAUGGGGCAUGUUUCAGAGAUAAGGGGGUAGUUGGCUAAUUGUCUUUAGGCCGCUCUGAAAUGGCAAAUCCUGAAAAUUUUGAGCAACGUAAUUUUAAAGCUGAAAUUACAAAAAGACUAGUGUGUAGAAGAUCAUGUUUAAUUACAAGCAAGAGCUGGUUGCCUUUCUGUGCAGCCGCUGCCAUCGCUUCUGGAAGCAGUUUUUACACAGUGUCUGAGCUCCUCCUCUCCCUAGUGACACUGUAAGCACAGGAUGCUUCAUUUCAUCCGCUCGUGGCGGGCAGCUUAGACUUUUGCACAGCAGAUUUAUUCUCUGACUUUUUUUUUCCCUUUGGUUGUUUUCCUUCUCUAUUUUUUUCCUUCAGAAAUAUCUAUGUGUCAGAAUCUGUGCAGAGUAACUUUCCAAAGUUUCUGUGGCUGAGAAACUCCUCAAGGUUAAAACUGAGCAAGCACACAGUACUUCCAAUAAUUUACAGCCACUCCAAACUCCAUGGAUAUAUUUAUUUCAAGCAAUGUAAUUCAUUUUGCUCCCAAAUGAAUAUUGGCAGAAAGAUAAUGUCACGUAAGAGUAUUUUCAUAUAAAAUUUGGUAAGGUCAUUUUUACUCUCUACAUCCUACAUUAAUUUCUGUAAGCAGAAACUCAAGAAAAUUGGUGUGAUUUCAAAGUAGUUCUUGGCAGGUAGCUUCAGAAUAGUUUAAGUGCCUGUAUCCUGAGCACAUUGAUAUCUCUCUGUCAUAAAGAUCAGGUUAACCUCAGUUCUGAUGUGCUGUGUCACAGUAUGCUAUGUGUUGCUAUUCUCACCUGUGGAAGCAAAUACCUUGUUUAAUCAAGAUGGCAUCCACUGUGAUCUAGAUAAGCAGGAAGAAGAUUGAACUCUGCAUUAACUUUAACUUUUCUCAGGAUUAUCUAGUUAUUCAACUUUUAUUCCACAGAUAUUUGUCUUUUGUGAGUAUCUGUCGUUCUUAAUGUGCCUAUGGAUAAGGGAUGUAAAGUAGAAUAACUUUUUAUAUAGACUAUGUGUGAUGCUGUUUGUUUUUAUAAAGUUUACCAUAAUAUUGAGUUUGGUUCUAGAAUAUUUAAAAUAAAAAGGAUGGAAUUAUAAACCAAAAAGUCAAUUUUUAAUAUAAAUACAAUGUUAGCAAAGAAAUAUUCUUCCAAAUUAACUUUGUUUUUAGAUCUAAUAAAAGAAUAUUAAAUAAUUUUGUACAAAUAUCAA